CAGCAAACCCGCAGUGGACGGCCUCCUUUCCGGAGGUAAGCCGGCAAUAUUGGCACGUUUUGCUUAUCUUGUUUCGUGGUCGACGGGCGACGUAUCCGGAUUUUAAUGGUAGCCUAAUAACUCGGAGGAUAUAGUGAUCGACGCGAUAACGUUAAGGAAGCAUGCAUUGCUCAUUAUCGCCAUAAAACGUGAUAAUCUGCGUCAGUUCGGGCGCCGGGCGAGUGUCAGUGAGAUCGCGCCCCUGCCGCGGCGACCGAGCGCCGGCCUAGUGUGGUACAAGACGCGCGUUGAUCAAUAAGGAACAAUGAAUCCGCGAAACGGUCGCCGCCGGCAAGCGGACAUCUAAUCCAAUCGUUACGGGAUCGCGUCACGAACUCCCGAUCCCUUUGGCCCUUAGCCAGCGUGACGGUUUUGUUUGUGUUGUGAAUUGGAAAUGUCACCGCCGCGAUUCAACUUUCCACCGGAGAGCUAUUCUGCAGUUUACACCAACGAAGUUCCGAGUGCGAAUGUGGUGAACUCGAAACCAGCAAACAUUCCUGAUGGCCAGCUUUCACCAGUAUCCAAUGUUAACGCGUCUCCGAGUUCUCUUUUCAGCUGCUUUCACUGUGCUUUCCGGAACAGCAUCAAUAUUAUCCGGAAAGAAAAGAAUGCAAGGAAAUCUAAAGUUGCUGCUGGCAAGGAUGAGGAACGUUGGCGUAGUAAGAACGAGGGAGCCUUGUUCAGGCGCUGGAAACGCACCACGUCCUCGGAGUCCAACACUCCCGUCGUCGUCGCCGCACCUACCACGCCAGUAUCGCAGCCCUCCGAUUUGCUCAAAUUCUUAGCUAUUAAUGCAUUAGAGCUCUCAGCACCAGCAUCCGACGCUUUACUCAAGUCGCGAUCUUCGGAAUGGUUCCAGCUGUCUGGACAUCCAGGCUCCUUGGCGCCUGCAGGCCCCGGCACCGUCUGGAAGCGCCGCGCAGCUGGCGAUCAUCCAGCACACAACCCCGAACGCGACGCCUACGAGGCUCUCGCAGCCUGUCCCCACAUGCGCUCUGCCAUUCCUCUCUACUACAGGGAGUUGGAAUAUGGUGGCGAACAUUUCAUUGAACUACAAGAUCUGUUGCAUGGUUUUCGUGACCCACACGUAAUGGAUGUGAAAAUGGGCACUCGAACUUUCCUAGAAGAUGAAGUCAGCAACGCUCGCGCCAGACACGACCUUUACGAGAAAAUGGUCCGCCUGGACCCCAACGCUCCCACCGAUGCAGAGCACGCAGCACGCGCUGUGACCAAGCUGCGUUACAUGCAGUUCCGCGAACAGUGCUCGUCAUCUGCAGAACAAGGCUUCCGCAUCGAAGCCGUCAAACUCCCAGGCCAACCGCCGCUGACGGACCUCCAGAGAGUCCGAGAGCCUAAACAACUGACGGACACAAUCGCCCGCUUCCUCGGUAAUGACGACCGCGCCCGUCGUGCUAUCGCUGCUCGUCUGCGUGAAAUCAAGAGCUCGUUUGAAAAGUCGGAUUUCUUCAAAAAACAUGAAAUCGUGGGAAGCAGCAUAUUUAUCAUCUACGACGAUGAACGAGUCGGCGCUUGGCUCAUCGAUUUCGGGAAAACUCGACGCGUACCAGAUGACAUAAAAAUUACCCACCGAGAGCCUUGGCACCAGGGCAACCACGAGGAGGGUUUCUUAUAUGGAUUAGAUAGGCUAAUAAAUACAAUUGAAACAGCAACGCUUUCUGAAGCGACGGCUGAACCAGAUGUUUCGCGUUGAACAAUCGGCGAGAGGAAGCUGGACUCGCCCCCGGUUACUUGCACCGCUCGCUUGGCCUUAGUGCCCGUGCCAUUCUCCUGGCGCCUAAGCCGAGGCCCGGAGAUGUACAGAAAUACUAUGUUUUGUGUUUGUCUAUAUGGAAGAGAAUGCGAUGUAUCAUCCAAUAAUUUGAUCUAGUCCUUCAUUAAAUAAUUAAUUAUAUUUUUUGAAUUUGA